GUAGCGCCGGGAGCCACAGCGCAAACGGGAGAGCCCGGGGAGGAGCCGCGCAGAAGCCGGCACCCGCCGCGGGAGGGGCGGCGACGGCGACGGCGGCCAGAGCAACCUCGGGAGGCGAGCGGAGCCGCCAUGGCCGAGUUCCCGUCUAAAGUGAGCACGCGGACCAGCAGCCCCGCGCAGGGAGGCGGCGCCGCUGUCUCGGCGCUGCGCCCAGACCUGGGCUUCGUGCGCUCCGGCCUCGGUGCGCUCAUGCUGUUGCAGUUGGUGCUGGGGCUGCUGGUGUGGGCCCUGAUCGCCAACACCCCGUACCACCUGUACCCGGCCUACGGCUGGGUGAUGUUCGUUGCUGUCUUCCUCUGGCUGGUGACAAUCGUCUUCUUCAUCCUCUACCUGUUUCAGCUGCACGUGAAGCUGUACAUGGUGCCUUGGCCGCUGGUGUUACUGAUAUUUAACGUUGGCGCCACCGUCCUGUACGUCACAGCCUUCAUCAGCUGUUCUGCUUCGGUUGAGCUGACAUCCCGGCAGUAUAACCAGCACGCAGCUGCCUCUUUCUUUUCCUGUUUAGUGAUGAUUGCCUACGGAGUGAGCGCUUUCUUCAGCUUCCAGGCCUGGCGAGGAGUGGGCAGCAAUGCAGCCACCAGUCAGAUGGCUGGCGGCUAUGCCUAAACCACCUGUGCCAUGGGCCACCUUGGGGCUGAAGGCUGCAGCCCGGUCCCUGUGCAGGUCGCCCCGCAGGCCCGAAGCCUGAGCCCCCACGGAGUCAGCCCGGAAGGGACUACACUUGCUCCUCUCCGCUCAUCGGACUCCUUGGGCUCACCUGACACUCCCAAGGAUCAGGAUCCUUCCUCUGAGAGGCACACGGGCUGGAGAGAGGCCGACAGCCAAGACCUCCUCUCCAUCCUCCACAUUCAGCAGAAGGUGGUGGGGGGUAUGGGACUCUUUCUGCUUUGUCUUUAGGACUUCGGUGUCCAAGGCUGGAACCCAGCCUUCUCACUGGCACUAAAUACACUAACAAUGACUCCAGACCCGCAGUCCCUGACCCAUCAUAGAAUAAGUGUAACAAGCAGCAGGUAUUUAUCUUAGUUUUUGCUCUGGGAAGCUGAGCAAACUCAUGAAAUUGUUCUGAUUCCUUAAAACACAGUUCUGGCCUGACCCUCCCCCAAGCCAACAUGUCAUUUGUAGGGAAACAUGGAGAAAGAGGGUUAUGAUUCUGACAGCAUGGUCUUCCUUUCCUGCACUUCAGACAUACCGAUUAUUUAAAACAAAUCAGUUUUAAGUGACUUCUCAAUGAUGAAAAACUUAUCCAGGUUUCCCUCCCUCUCCCAAGCCCUUGUUUGUAAUUUUCCCUUUGGGAAAAGCUAACAUCAAUGCUGACUGCCUCCCUGACACUGUUAAUUAGGCACCUGGGACAUGAGGACGGGAGGGAGGGAAAGCAAGGCCUUGCUGGUGAGCUGUCCUGUGCUUGGUGGUGACUUUGUUGUUUUGUUUUUUUACAAAAAUAAACAUGAAGAACUUA